AGGCAGCCCAGGCUCCGGACUCUGGGAGAGCCAGCGCGGAGCAGGAGCGGGAGGCGGAGGAGAAGAAGAAGGAGAAGGAAAGGAAGGAGGAGGAAGAGGAGGAGAAGAAGAGGAGGAGGAGGAGGAGGAGGAGGGGAGGCGCUCCGGGCGCCGUCAGUGGGCAGCGGAGGCGCGGCAUGCCCCUGGCAGGGGAGAGCGGGCUGGGCUCCGCGGGGCCAUGGGGACCCGCGCGCUGACAAUGCCUGGGUGACCGGAGCCGCGCCAGCCACCCCGUCACCUCCACCAUCGCCCCCUGCACCCAGCCUCGCCACCGGCCACCAGCACCAGGCUCCUCCGUCUCUCUCUCUCUCUCUCUCCAUUAUUGUUUCCCACUCUACAGAGGAUGGGGUCGGCUGAUGAUUAGGUCGGAAGCAAGUCAGACCUUCCUUCAAAGCCUGGUAAUAUUUAUGUAGGCAAAAGACAGAGAGAGAUAAGAGAGAGGGAGAGAGAGAGGGAGAGAGAAAGAGAGGAGGGGGGAGAGAGAGAAAGAGAGAGAGAGGAGAGAGAAGAAACGGGAGGAGGGGAUAAGGAAAUUAAACCCUUUAAGUCAAUGCAUAUUGUGGUGACACCGGCACAGGCGCCCUCACGGUGGAGUCGGCCAGGGCUGUGCGUUCCCAAAAUAUGACCAGGGGUGCUUGGAUGUGUCGGCAGUAUGACGACGGCUUAAAAAUCUGGUUGGCAGCACCCCGAGAGAACGAGAAACCGUUCAUCGAUUCCGAGAGGGCUCAGAAAUGGCGACUGUCUCUGGCAUCUCUCUUGUUUUUCACAGUCCUGCUCUCUGAUCACUUGUGGUUCUGCGCCGAAGCCAAGCUGACCCGGGCCCGGGACAAGGAGCACCAGCAGCAGCAGCGGCAGCAGCAGCAGCAGCAGCAGAGGCAGAGGCAGCAGCAGCAGCAGCAGCGGCGGCAGCAGGAGCCCUCCUGGCCCGCGCUCCUGGCGAGCAUGGGGGAGUCCUCGCCCGCCGCCCAGGCACACAGACUCCUCUCCGCCUCCUCGUCCCCCACCCUGCCCCCCUCCCCGGGAGACGGCGGCGGCGGCGGCGGCGGCAAGGGCAACCGAGGCAAAGACGACCGGGGCAAGGCUCUUUUUCUAGGAAACUCUGCCAAGCCCGUGUGGCGCCUGGAGACUUGUUACCCCCAGGGCGCGUCCUCGGGCCAGUGCUUCACGGUGGAGAAUGCGGACGCGGUGUGCGCCAGGAACUGGAGUCGGGGGGCGGCCGGGGGAGACGGGCAGGAGGUGAGGAGCAAGCAUCCCACUCCGCUCUGGAACUUGUCGGAUUUUUACCUUUCGUUUUGUAAUUCCUACACACUUUGGGAGUUGUUCUCGGGGUUGUCCAGUCCCAACACUUUGAACUGCAGUCUGGAUGUGGUGCUCAAGGAAGGCGGCGAGAUGACCACUUGCAGGCAGUGCGUCGAGGCUUACCAGGACUACGACCACCAUGCUCAGGAGAAAUACGAAGAGUUUGAAAGCGUGCUCCACAAAUACUUACAGUCGGAGGAGUACUCGGUGAAAUCCUGUCCUGAAGACUGUAAGAUUGUCUACAAAGCCUGGCUCUGUUCCCAGUAUUUUGAAGUCACACAGUUUAACUGCAGAAAGACAAUUCCUUGCAAGCAAUACUGUUUGGAGGUUCAGACGAGGUGUCCAUUUAUAUUGCCCAACAAUGAUGAAGUAAUCUACGGAGGCCUCUCCAGUUUCAUCUGUACAGGGCUUUAUGAAACCUUUCUAACCAAUGAUGAACCAGAAUGCUGUGACGUCAGGAGAGAAGAAAAAUCAAAUAACCCAUCCAAAGGGACCGUAGAGAAAAGUGAUUCCUGUCACAGGACAUCGCUCACAGUGUCAUCAGCAACAAGACUGUGCAACAGCAGACUCAAGCUGUGUGUUCUUGUACUGAUUCUCUUACACACAGUGCUCACAGCUUCGGCAGCACAGAAUACAGCCGGACUGAGCUUUGGAGGCAUCAACACGCUGGAAGAAAACUCAACCAAUGAGGAGUAACAGAAGGACGAGCGUCACCACAGCAGCAGCUGGCCCGCUGUGAAAAAUGGCAACUGCUGUCUCAUGUAACAGAAACUGGGUGCUUUUACCCUCGAAUUACUUAUUGCAAGGCCUUUAGGGUAAAAUUUAAACAGAUGGGCCUGAAUCCAAACAAGGACACAACCACAGCUUUUUAUUGACUAAAAGGCUGGAAAGUGACUUUAAAUUUCUCACACCAUUUUAUACACUGUGUUUUAAUGUUUGGAGGUUUUAUUUAUUUGCUUUCGUUUUGGUUUGGGUUUGUUUAUUUUUUGCACUUGUUAAUACAGGAUUUAUUUUGGGGGAUGGUUUCUCAGAGGUAAACUAAGUCUUUUCACUGUCUCUCUCUAUAUAUAUAUUUCUAGUCAUUGUGUGUGUUCAUCAGAUAGUUCUGUCUUUAUGUCCUGUCAGUUUCUAUUAGAGGAAUGAUUGCUAUGACCUCAUGGUAUAGCAAAAAACAACAACAAAAAAAGAAUAAAAAAUAAAAAAGACAAAAAAAAGAAAACAACAAAAAAUAAAAAUAAAAAAAAUCCCUAAGUCUCCCUUCUACCCACAGAACCAACACCCUUCCCGGCCUUUCCUUUCCCUCACCCUCUUCUCGUCCCCUAAGCAAACAACAUCCGCUUGCUUCUGUCUGUGUAACCACAGUGAAUGGGUGUGCACGCUUGGUGGGCCUCUGAGCCCCUGUUGCACAAACCUGAAACAGAGCGGAGCCAAGGGGGCCUGGCAGGAGUUCCUUUUUAGCUGAACAAACAAGUGCUCUCCAUAAUAGGUGGAAUCAGACAGUUAACACAUUUUUAUGUUGAAAACAAAAUAAAAGGAAAAAAAAAACACUAUCAUGAACUGUAUUGCUCCAGUUCCCAUCCCCAAGUGGCCCAGCCCUUUCUUGCUGGUCCAGUUGGACAGGAGCAGCUAUCUAGAAUCAGGAUGCAGGCAGUGAGGAAGUUUUUCCUUUGACAAUGAAGGUGGGCUUUCAUUGUGAUUUUUGUUCUGUUGCAGUAAUAUAGGAGCACAUUUUGGCCAUUGUAAUUACAGGGAACAAAGGGAUUGCGGACACAUAUCUGGACUUCUUUUCCUCCCUUAUUGUUGUGGAAGAGACACUAGAAAUGCUCAAACACCUGCAAUAUACAGAAUAUAUACAAUUUUAUUCCAGUAUUUCCCUAACAUAUGGUUUAAAAUUAUUCCAGGUAUACAGUGUAUGCAAUUCUGCAUUAUCACAGAGGAACAACUUCUUUUUUAAAAAAUAAAUAGGUCAGCCAUUUUUAUUAAUGUGCAAAAACUUUAUCACUCUAACAUGCUCUAGGUAGUUGAAGAAAAGAGGUCUGAUCACUGUUUGUAUUUUAUUUUCUUUGUGGGAACAUUUCACCUGCUGAGUGUAUAUGAAUUUGCUUUCUAUAAAAGGCUUUUAUGAGUUUACUGUAGAAUCAGUGGAAGGAAGAGUUAAUAAGGGCUGUUUUUAAAAAAAACAAACAAACAAAACAAAUAAUUAAAAAAACAUUUUACAUUCCUUCCUAUUCUCUAACUACACUUGGGAAGUGCACUUCAGAUAAGUUUGCAGUGUGACUGAGAGAUGAAGGAAAUCCAUAGAAAAGGUCCUCUUAGUGAACAAAAUUUAGUUAUUAACUUUAUAGCUAUGAAAUUUCCCCGGGCAUUUGUUUUUGUUCAAACAGACUUUAACCUCUGCAUCAUACUUAACCCUGCGACAUGCGUACAGUAUGCAUAUUUUGUUUUGAAAAAAAAUGUUUCGUUCCAGUCUGUUAAGAAUAUUCAAAAAUAAUAAAGGUAUUGCUUAAUAAAAUUGCUAGAAUUGUUUAGCAGUA